CUUGAUAAAGAAUACUUUUGACAAAGGAGUGAGGCCAUGCAUGGCAGCUAUUUAACAGACUAAAAGAGGUCUCUCCUUGCACUGUCACACACAGAAAAACAAGAAAUGGGAGAGGAAACUGAGCAAAUAGCAGUAGUCAAGGUGGAGGAUUCCAGUUCCUUUUCCAAAGAGAAGAGCUCAAGAAAGUCAACUGAAAGAGAUUCUGCUCUGGCACAGGUUGAGAAUGAAAAGAAGUUAUCGUUUAUCAGGGCAUGGGAAGAAGGAGAAAAAUCAAAAGCAGAUAACAAAGCUCAGAAGAAGAAGAAGGCUAUCGCGGUGUGGGAGAACUCCAAGAAGGCAGGUCUAGAAGCUGACCUGAAGAAGGUUGAGGAAGGUUAUGAGAAAAAAAAGGCCGAGUAUGCGGAGAAAGUCAGAAACAAGAUAGCGAUGGUACACAAAACAGCUGAUGAGAAGCGAGCAAUGGUGGAUGCGAAGCACGGGGAGGAGGUCCUGAAAGCCGAAGAAGCCGCUGCUAAGUUUCGUGCGAUAGGACAAACUCCAAAGAAGAGUACUUUCAGCUGCUUUGGUGCAUGAGGUGCAAGAGAAAAUUGUGUAAUUGAACUUGUUUUUAAGGUGUUUGUGUGCUUUGUGUGGUUUAAUUUUUAUUAACAAUUAUAUUGACUCCCUGUGAGAAGUAUCA